AUCAUAUUCCUUUUCCGGUACUACGUACUAAUUCUUCACAUAAAUAUAGACCUCGUUUGAUGUUUCUUGUCACGUAACCAAGUUUGUCACCAGGUCAUAUUUGCUUCAGCUUCAGGGAAAAACCAUGGGGUGGCAAAAGAAGCAAAAAAAGCUCUCAGGUUGUGCCAUUUUCAGAGAACCCUUCCAUGUCGUGACCAUUACCCUCCUCAGUCUCUUGCUGCCUCUCUCAUUUCUCCUCCUUGCCAGGCUCUCUUGUUAUAACUAUAUGUUGACCAUCACAUCUGAUCCUACACAGCAAUCAACCUCUUCUUUCAUCUUAUCCUUAUUGUUGUCCAUCAAUCCAUCAAUUCUGUGUUUUCUUGUUUCAAUUGUUAGCAUAGCUACUCUUAUUCACGGCUUGGCAGGAAGAACGACCCUUCUAAGCGAGUCACCAGGCGUAAUUUACCGGCCCGGAUUGUACACCGCAUGGAUUGUGUUAUGCACUUUACAGAUUUGUGUUGGCUUGGGCAUUGAAGGGAGCAUAGCUGCUGGAAUAUUUGAUGGUUCUGGUUUUGAUACUCGAAGAGGUUUAUUGUGUAGAUACAUAUUUUUCUUGGGGUUGCAUGAGACCAUGAUCCACUGGUCAAGAACUGUUGUUAAGCCAGUGGUUGAUGACACGAUUUUUGGUGCGGCUGGAGAUGAGAAGUGGGCACAGAGGGUGACCAUAGCUUUGAGUUAUGGUACUUUGUGGUGGUUGAGUAUAAGGGAUGAAGUUGAGUCUCUGGUUUUCGUAGCAGAGGCAAAGAUAGAGCUGUCGAUGGAUUUAGGAGUGGCUGACUUGGUUGGUUGGUGGCUGUAUUACCUGACAGUAACGAUCGGAAUGGUAAGAGUUGUCAAGAGUCUUAUCUGGAUUGGGGCGAUUCUGCUUUGUAAGAGGGUACGACGGAAUUCUACGGAGACCUGUGAGGAUGAAUUUGACAAGGUCUGAACUUGACCUUUUCUCUUCCACGCUGAUGCUCAUCCUCUUUUUUGUUUUUGUUUUUUGCUUCUUAAUAUAUAGUAUACUCUCGUUCUUCAUUCUGAGCAAUUGCUCUUUAAUAUGUCGCAUUCCUUUAAUAUUGUACCGAGAAUUGUACGUAGGAGUCUUCAUUUUCGUAACUGUAAAUUUGUGGGAAAAGAAAGCUGCAAAAUUAGUCAACCCAUUUGGAGUUAUCCAAUUGAUUACGUAAAAAAAUGCUUGGUUUA